CCCAUCGAAAGGCCUGCAAGUACAAUCUCGUCUAGGUCAGAGAAUCGCAUUAGGAGAUACUCGAUCGCGAAACCCUAUCCCGAGCGACUCGGCAGCCGGAACCUCGACCGACUUCAGAGGACGCGAACGGUACAGACGUGAACAACAGCAGAAAGCAACAAAUCAGAUAACAACAGGACUACAGAACUGCCAAGAUGCAGAUGCUCACCAAGUUCGAGUCCAAGAGCCCCCGGGUGAAGGGAAUCGCAUUCCAUCCCAAGCAGCCUCUCCUCGCCGCAACUCUCCACAAUGGAACUAUUCAGUUAUGGAACUACCAGAUGGGAACCUUGGUCGACCGUUACGAUGAGCACGAUGGUCCUGUUCGUGGAAUCUCGUUCCAUCCGACCCAACCCAUCUUCGUUUCCGGGGGAGACGAUUACAAGAUCAAGGUCUGGAACUACAAGCAGCGAAAGUGCCUGUUCACUUUGACUGGCCAUCUCGACUACGUCAGGACGACCUACUUCCACCGGGAGUACCCCUGGAUUUUGUCUGCCUCCGACGAUCAGACCAUCAGGAUCUGGAACUGGCAAUCAAGAACGUGUAUUGCCAUCCUGACCGGCCACAACCAUUAUAUCAUGUCUGCCCAAUUCCACCCCACCGAAGACUUGAUCGUUUCGGCUUCGAUGGAUUUGACCGUUCGAGUUUGGGAUAUUACCGGGCUUAAAAAGAAGCACCAGGCUCAUCAAGCACCUAUGAGCAUGGAGGAGCAACUGUCGCGAGCCAACCAGGGUCAGGCCGAUUUAUUUGGAAACACCGAUGCCGUCGUCAAAUACGUCUUGGAAGGACACGACCGAGGUAUCAACUGGGCCUCUUUCCAUCCUACCUUGCCGCUGAUCGUCUCGUGUGGUGACGAUCGUCAAAUCAAGCUCUGGAGGAUGUCCGACACCAAGGCUUGGGAGGUUGACACCUGCAGGGGACACUUCAACAACGUCUCGUCCUGCAUUUUCCACCCUCGCCACGAGCUCAUUCUGUCUGAUGGGGAGGACAAGACGAUCCGUGUGUGGGAUAUGACCAAGAGAACUGCCGUUCAGACCUUCCGCAGGGAACACGACCGCUUCUGGGUCUUGACCGCUCAUCCGACACUCAACCUCUUCGCCGCCGGACAUGACAACGGUCUCAUCGUCUUCAAGUUGGAAAGAGAGCGACCUGCCUUCGCUUUGUCUGGAAACAAUCUGUUUUACGUUCGAGACAAGACCAUUCGGAUGCGUGACUUGAUUGCCGGGACCGAUACCAGCGUCAUGAGCGUCAGAAAGUUUGGUUCUCAAUACGUCCAGCCUCGAGCACUGAGCUACAACCCUGCCGAAAGAGCUGUUAUUGUUACGAGUACCUCGGACAACGGGAUCUACGAACUCGUCGCUUUACCCCGUGAAGCUUCCAGCGAAGUCCGAGAUUCGGCUGUCGAUGGAAAACGCGGCCAGGGAUCUUCUGCCAUUUUUGUCGCGAGGAACCGUCUGGCCGUGCUCGACAAGACAGCUCAGUCGGUCGAAAUUCGAGACCUUAACAAUUCCUUGACCAAGACGAUCAAGCUUCCUACCCAGACUAGCGAGAUCUUCUAUGGUGGUACCGCCUCCCUCCUGCUGUCGACUCCGACUUCCGUCGUCCUGUUCGAUAUCCAGCAGCAAAAGGCAUUGGCCGAAUUGGCCACGCCGCCGGUCAAAUAUGUUGUUUGGAGCGUUGAUGGAAACAGCGUAGCUCUUUUGAGCAAGCAUACCAUUACCAUCGCGAACAAGUCCCUCACCCAGAGUUCCCUGAUCCACGAGACGAUCCGAAUCAAAUCGGCAGCAUGGGAUGACAGUGGUGUGCUGAUCUACACCACCCUCAAUCACAUCAAAUACGCUCUUUUCCAAGGUGAUAACGGUAUUAUCAAGACUUUGGAGCAACCAGUGUACCUUACCCGCGUCAAGGGAUCCACGGUAUACUGUCUUGACCGCACUGCUCGCCCUCGCACCAUUCAGAUCGACCCCACCGAGUAUCGGUUCAAGCUGGCCUUGGUUAAGAAGAAUUACGACGAGGUCUUGCAAAUCAUUCGCAACUCGAACUUGGUCGGACAGAGCAUCAUCGCCUACCUGCAAAAGAAAGGGUAUCCCGAGAUCGCUCUUCACUUCGUCCAAGACCCUACUACCCGCUUCGACCUAGCCAUCGAAUGCGGAAACCUCACUGUCGCUCUCGAGAUGGCCAAGGAACUCGACAAGGCGGACGUUUGGAAGCGUCUCGGCGAGCAGGCUCUAAAGCAGGGUAAUCACCCGAUUGUCGAAUUGGCCUAUCAAAAGACCAAGAAUUUCGACAAGCUCUCCUUCCUCUACCUCGUUACCGGUAACGAGAAGAAGUUGGGCAUGAUGCACGGGAUUUCCAUCAAGCGAGGCGACCAGAUGUCGCGGUUCCAAAACUCUCUCUAUCUCGGUGAUGUCGAGAGCCGCAUCGCAGUCUUGAAAGAAACUGGAAUGCACGCCCUCGCUUACCAUACCGCAAAGACGAAUGGUCUCGACGAUUUGGCCGAAGAGAUUCUCGUCGAAGCCGGUAUGACGGACGAGGACGUUCCCGUCGUUCCCACUGCAGGCCCUAGUACCCUCCGACCGCCGCCUGUCAUCACGGGACAGGUCGAGAAGACCUGGCCUACGAAAUCGCUCGGGGAGAGCUACUUCGAUAAAGCUCUUGCAGCCGGGGCGGUUGACGGUGAAGCCUCUUAUGCCAACGGAUAUACCGAAGAUCCCGAUGCGGAGCAAACAUGGCUUUCGGCCGACGAGGCGAUGUCUGGUGAUGAAGCCGAUGAAGCCGGGGAAGAUGAUGGGUGGGGCCUAGAUGAGGACGUCCUGGUCCCCGAAGAAGAGCCUCAGGGCAACGUGCCUGUCGACGAACAAGUCGAUCUCACAACGGACGUAUCGCCUGGUGUCGGAGAAGACGAGCACUGGACACGCAAUUCCCCUCUCGCCAUCGAUCAUGCGGCUGCGGGAUCCUUCGAAUCGGCCAUGCAGCUCCUAAACCGUCAAGUGGGAGCCGUCAAUUUCGAGCCUUUGAAACCGUACUUCCUCGCGGCGUACCAGUCCUCGCAUAUCCACGUCGCGGCCAACCCAUCGCUGUCACCACUGCAGUUUAACGUACGACGAAACCCUGACACCGUAGAGCAGAGCGAAGCCUUGCCCUUCACCUCGCAUACGCUAGAAGCAAUCAAAGAAGGCGAAUUUGCGGAAGGUCUCAAGCUUUUCACUCGAGGCAAAUUCGUCGAGUCGCUGGAGGCGUUCCGUGGGGUAUUCCGUAAACUAGUGUUCUUGGUCGUGAAGACCGAUACCGAGGUCGCCGAGGUUUCGAACCUGCUCGACCUGGCCCGAGAGUAUGUCAUCGGUCUCAUGUUGGAAACCGAACGUCAACGUCUUGUUGCAGAAGAGCCCGACGCUCUGAGCAGGAACCUCGACCUGGCCGCCUUCUUUACGCAUUGCAAGCUUCAGCCCGCACACGUUCAGCUCGCUCUGCGAUCCGCUAUGCGUGUGUUCGCCAAGGCGGGAAACAACUCUACUGCGGCCGUGUUCGCACGCCGGCUAGUAGACAUGAAGCCUGCCGAUUCGAAGGUCGUUUCGCAAGCUCGAUCCGUCAUCACCGCCGGCGAUCGCAACCCACGAAACGCCGUGGAGAUCUCCUACGAUCACUUUAGCGAGUUCGAUAUCUGCGCCGCCAGCCUGAAGCCGAUAAUGAAGGGCUCGAACUCUGUCAAGUCCCCUUAUUCGGGAGCCAAGUACAUGCAGGAGUUCAGCGGCAGCCUCUGCCGGGUCGAUGGUAUCAGUCAAGUUGGAAUGUCUGCGACGGGGUUGCGUUGUAAAGUCUAGCGAGGUCGACUGCGUUGAGACAGCCGUCGUAGACGCGUAGACACAAAUCUGUAGCUUUGUAGCCGUUCAUGUCGAUCAUGUCGUCAGAUGCAUCGUCACGCUUGGUACGAUUGUGCCGUAAAGCUGCCAAAAGUCGCACGUACGCAAGGAUACAAGUAGACGAUAGACGAUCACGACGAUCACGACGAUCACGACUAAAAAAUUGCAC